CACAAAAAGCCGCAUAUGAGCACUUCCUCUGUUGCGUUCAUUUAUACUUGUGCUCUGCAGAGUGUCAGUGUGCAGGAGAGAGAGACUGGAUAUUCUUCUGUUCUACAAGUCAUGACUGAGGCAGAGAGGUUCAUCCUCAUUGGCUGUCUGCUGCAAGGUGCCCUGGGCAGAGAUUGGGCAAUCUGGAUGCCUCAGAGUAUAGCAGCUCUGAGUGGAUCCUGUGUGCUGAUUCCCUGCAGAUUUGAGAUCCCAUCUGUAUAUGAUCGAUAUCUGGUAGCAGGGGCUAAAGGACAAUGGAAAAAAGGUGGAACAGGUGGUCCAGUAGUGUUUGACUCCAGUAUAACUGAGGCAAAGCUGGAAAUUAAAGGAACAUUAAUUGGAAAACUGGAGAAGAAGAACUGCACCACAAUCCUGGACCGCUUCCCUCCAUCUUACAGUGAUGACUAUUUCUUCAGAUUGGAAACCAUGCGUACGCUCAGGUUUAACUAUCGCAAAGGUGUCAACAUUAACGUGCACGACUCUCCACCCAAACCAAAAUUCAUCCCAGAGAGGGUGGAGGUGAUGGAGGGGGCCUCUGUGAAUUUGAGCUGCUCUGCUGCAGCCCCCUGUCCCAAACUCCCCCCAAAUCUGACAUGGACCCCCAGGCUGAGUGACAGUGUGGAUCAACUGCAAGAGAAUGAGGAUCGAACCAAAUCUGUGUUUUCUGUUCUGACCUUCACUGCUUCCCACCUCCACCAUGGGCAGAAGAUCACCUGCAGGGCACUUUACACACUGCAACAAGAAGACAUUCAGAAGACAACUGAGGCCAGUCUGACUCUCAGAGUUCUAUAUCCUCCUAAGAACACCUCAGUGUCAGUCAGCCCCUCUGGUUCAGUGUUAGAGGGCAGCUCUGUGACUCUGACCUGCAGCAGUAAUGCCAACCCAGCAGUGCAGAACUACACCUGGUAUAAAGUGAAUGGGACAGAGAUGAACACUGUAGGAACUGGACAGAAUCUCACCUUCAAUUUGACUGAGUCCAGUGGCAGUGAACAGUACUACUGUGAAGCACAGAAUGAACAUGGCAAGGAGAACUCAACAAAUGUCCAACUAAACGUGAUAUAUCCUCCUAAGAACACCUCAGUGUCAAUCAGUCCCUCUGGUUCAUUUUUACCGGGUAGCACUGUGACUCUGACCUGCAGCAGUAAUGCCAACCCAGCAGUGCAAAACUACACCUGGUAUAAAGUGAAUGGGACAGAGAUGAACACUGUAGGAACUGGACAGAAUCUCACCUUCACUGUGACUGAGUCCAGUGGCAGUGAACAGUACUACUGUGAAGCUCAGAAUGAACAUGGCAAGGACAAAUCAGCAAAUGUCCAACUAAGCGUGAUAUACAUGCCUCAGAUCUCUGGCUCUGGGAGCUGCAGCAGAACUGCAGCAGAGAUCAGCUGCUCCUGUGAGAGCCGUGGGAAUCCCUCUCCCAGCAUGGAGUGGCGUGUGUCUGGACUGCGGGUCACUAACUCUACUGACAGAGUCAUCAGGGAGGAGCAGCUGGGGAACACAGGCCUGAGGAGCUCCCUCACCAUGCGCCAAUCACAGGGAGACACGCCCACUCUCCUCUGCGUCAGCACCAACACUCUCGGCUCCUCCAGCCUCCAGCUCCACCUCCCGUCUCCACAGCAACACUCAGGAUUCACUUGCAUCAAUCUACUAUUACUUAUUAUCAUUGUAGGACUGAUUUGUCUGCAUGUGCUGACUGUUGGAUUCUGUAUCCACAAAAAUAAAAGGUUGUCUAGAAGACUGAAGGCUGAGGGUCAGUGUGCAGUGGAGACAGACUGGAUAUUCUUCUGUUCUACAGAUAUAUAUUGGUCCAGGUGGUGCUGGACUACAAGCAACAGAAGACGGGAACCAAUUCCUCAACAAAUAGUCAUGAUUGAAGCAGAGAGGUUCAUCCUCAUUGGCUGCCUGCUGCAAGGUGCCCUGGGGAGAGAGUUUGCAGUCUGGAUGCCUCAGAGUAUAGAAGCUCUGAGUGGAUCCUGUGUGCUGAUUCCCUGCACAUUUGAUAUAAAAUCUAAAUUUGACAGAGAUCUGACAGCUAAGGCUAAAGGACUCUGGAAAAAAAGUAGCAAUAAUGGUGAAAUCGUGUUCGAUUCCAGCAGAACUGAGAAUGAAAUUAAAGGAACAUUAACUGGAAAACUGAAGGAGAGGAACUGCACCACAAUCCUGGAUCGCUUCCCUUUGACUCACAAUGAUACUUAUUUCUUCAGAUUGGAAUCCCAGACUCCUCUCACGUAUAAUUUUCCUACAGGUGUCAAAAUUAACGUACAAGACUCUCCACCCAAACCCAAGUUAACCCCAGAGAGGCUGGAGGUGAUGGAGGGGACCUUUGUGAGUUUGAACUGCUCUGCUGCAGCCCCCUGUCCCGAACUCCCCCCAAAUCUGACAUGGACCCCCAGGCUGAGUGACAGUGUGGAUCAACUGCAAAAGAAUGAGGAUCGAACCAAAUCUGUGUCUUCUGUUCUGACCUUCACUGCUUCCCACCUCCACCAUGGGCAGAAGAUCACCUGCAGGGCACUUUACACACUGCAACAAGACGACACUCAGAAGACAUCUGAGGCCAGUCUGACUCUCAGAGUUCUGUAUCCUCCUAAGAACACCUCAGUGUCAGUCAGUCCCUCUGGUUCAGUGUUAGCGGGCAGCUUAGUGACUCUGACCUGCAGCAGUAAUGCCAACCCAGCAGUGCAGAACUACACCUGAUAUAAAGUGAAUGGGACAGAGAUGAACACUGUAGGAACUGAACAGAAUAUCACCUUCACUGUGACUGAGUCCAGUGGCAGUGAACAGUACUACUGUGAAGCACAGAAUGAACAUGGCAAGGACAACUCAGCAAAUGUCCAACUAAACGUGAUAUACAUGCCUCAGAUAUCUGGCUCUGGGAGCUGCAGCAGAACUGCAGGAGAGAUCAGCUGCUCCUGUGAGAGCCGUGGGAAUCCCUCUCCCAGCAUGGAGUGGCGUGUGUCUGGACUGCGGGUCACUAACUCAACUGACAGAGUCAUCAGGGAGGAGCAGCUGGGGAACACAGGCCUGAGGAGCUCCCUCACCAUGCGCCAAUCACAGGGAGACACGCCCACUCUCCUCUGCAUCAGCACCAACACUCUAGGCAACUCCAGCAUCCAGCUCCACCUCCCUUUGUCUAGAACACUGAAGGGAGGGAGGGACGGGGACACAUAUGCCAGUCUGCAGCUCCCCAACAUCAGCCCUGAAUAUGACGUGCUGCAGCAAGAGCAGGCACUCCGUGCAUCUUACCACGUAGCUCACCGUAUUGCAAAGUCCAAGAAGCCCCACACCACUGCAGAAGACCUUAUCUUACCUGCAGCCGUUGACAUGGUCAGAGAGGUGCUGGAUCAAUCUGCUGCGGAUAAACGGAAGACCAUACCACUGUCGAAUGAUUCCAUAAGUAGGCGGAUUGAAGAAAUGUCCGAUGACAUCAAACAACAGACCACAGCUCGCGUCAAGGGAGGGAGGGACGGGGACACAUAUGCCAGUCUGCAGCUCCCCAACAUCAGCCCUGAAUAUGACGUGCUGCAGGCUGAGGUUCCUCUGCUCCUCAGAGUCAUGAUUGAAGCAGAGAGGUUCAUCCUCAUUGGCUGCCUGCUGCAAGGAGCCCUUGGGAGACAGUUUGAAGUCUGGAUGCCUCAGAGUAUAGAAGCUCUGAGUGGAUCCUGUGUGCUGAUUCCCUGCAGAUUUGAUAUAGCCUCUCAAUAUGACAACGAUCUGACAGCUGAGGCUAAAGGACUAUGGAAAAAAAGUAGCAAUAAGGGUGAAAUCGUGUUUGAUUCCAUCAAAACUAACUACAAAAUUAAAGGAAGAUUAACUGGACAACUGCUGAUGAAGAACUGCACCACAAUUCUGGAUCGCUUCCCUCCAUCUUACAGUGAUGAUUAUUUCUUCAGAUUGGAAUCCUCAAAACUCAAGUAUGAUUAUUCUACAGCUGUCAAAAUUAAUGCACAAGACUCUCCACCCAAACCCAAGAUAACCACAGAGAGGGUGGAGGUGAUGGAGGGGACCUCUGUGAGUUUGAGCUGCUCUGCUGCAGCCCCCUGUCCUGAACUCCCCCCAAAUCUGACAUGGACCCCCAGGCUGAGUGACAGUGUGGAUCAACUGCAAGAGAAUGAGGAUCGAACCAAAUCUGUGUCUUCUGUUGUGACCUUCACUGCUUCCCACAUCCACCAUGGGCAGACGAUCAAUUGCAGUGCACUUUACACACUGCAGCAUGAAAACAUUCAGAAGACAUCUGAGGCCAGUCUGACUCUAAGAGUUCUAUAUCCUCCUAAGAACACCUCAGUGUCAGUCAGUCCCUCUGGUUCAGUGUUAGAGGGCAGCUCUGUGACUCUGACCUGCAGCAGUAAUGCCAACCCAGCAGUGCAGAGAUACACCUGGUAUAAAGUGAAUGGGACAAAGAUGAAAACUGUAGGAACUGGACAAAAUCUCACCUUCAAUGUGACUGAGUCCAGUGGCAGUGAACAGUACUACUGUGAAGCACAGAAUGAACAUGGCAAGGAGAACUCAACGGUACAACUGGAAGUUUAUUAUCCUCCUAAGAACACCUCAGUGUUAGUCAGUCCCUCUGGAUCAGUGUUAGCGAGCAGCUCUGUGACUCUGACCUGCAGCAGUAAUGCCAAACCAGCAGUGCAGAACUACACCUGGUAUAAAGUGAAUGGGACAGAGAUGAACACUGUAGGAACUGGACAGAAUCUCACCUUCAAUGUGACUGAGUCCAGUGACAGUGAACAGUACUACUGUGAAGCACAGAAUGAACAUGGCAAGGAGAACUCAACUGUACAACUGGAAGUUUAUUAUCCUCCUAAGACCACCUCAGUGUCAGUCAGUCCCUCUGGAUCAGUGUUAGAGGGCAGUUCUGUGACUCUGACCUGCAGCAGUAAUGCCAACCCAGCAGUGCAGAACUACACCUGGUAUAAAGUGAAUGGGACAGAGAUGAACACUGUAGGAACUGGACAAAAUAUCACCUUCACUGUGACUGAGUCCAGUGGCAGUGAACAGUACUACUGUGAAGCACAGAAUGAACAUGGCAAGGAGAAUUCAACUGUACAACUGGACGUUUUUUAUCCUCCUAAGAACACCACAGUGUCAGUCAGUCCCUCUGGAUCAGUGUUAGCGGGCAGCUCUGUGACUCUGACCUGCAGCAGUAAUGCCAAACCAGCAGUGCAGAACUACACCUGGUAUAAAGUGAAUGGGACAGAGAUGAACACUGUAGGAACUGGACAGAAUCUCACCUUCAAUGUGACUGAGUCCAGUGACAGUGAACAGUACUACUGUGAAGCACAGAAUGAACAUGGCAAGGAGAACUCAACUGUACAACUGGAAGUUUAUUAUCCUCCUAAGACCACCUCAGUGUCAGUCAGUCCCUCUGGAUCAGUGUUAGAGGGCAGUUCUGUGACUCUGACCUGCAGCAGUAAUGCCAACCCAGCAGUGCAGAACUACACCUGGUAUAAAGUGAAUGGGACAGAGAUGAACACUGUAGGAACUGGACAAAAUAUCACCUUCACUGUGACUGAGUCCAGUGGCAGUGAACAGUACUACUGUGAAGCACAGAAUGAACAUGGCAAGGAGAAUUCAACUGUACAACUGGACGUUUUUUAUCCUCCUAAGAACACCACAGUGUCAGUCAGUCCCUCUGGAUCAGUGUUAGCGGGCAGCUCUGUGACUCUGACCUGCAGCAGUAAUGCCAAACCAGCAGUGCAGAACUACACCUGGUAUAAAGUGAAUGGGACAGAGAUGAACACUGUAGGAACUGGACAGAAUCUCACCUUCAAUGUGACUGAGUCCAGUGACAGUGAACAGUACUACUGUGAAGCACAGAAUGAACAUGGCAAGGAGAACUCAACUGUACAACUGGAAGUUUAUUAUCCUCCUAAGACCACCUCAGUGUCAGUCAGUCCCUCUGGAUCAGUGUUAGAGGGCAGUUCUGUGACUCUGACCUGCAGCAGUAAUGCCAACCCAGCAGUGCAGAACUACACCUGGUAUAAAGUGAAUGGGACAGAGAUGAACACUGUAGGAACUGGACAAAAUAUCACCUUCACUGUGACUGAGUCCAGUGGCAGUGAACAGUACUACUGUGAAGCACAGAAUGAACAUGGCAAGGAGAAUUCAACUGUACAACUGGACGUUUUUUAUCCUCCUAAGAACACCACAGUUUCAGUCAGUCCCUCUGGAUCAGUGUUAGUGGGCAGCUCUGUGACUCUGACCUGCAGCAGUAAUGCCAAACCAGCAGUGCAGAACUACACCUGGUAUAAAGUGAAUGGGACAGAGAUGAACACUGUAGGAACUGGACAGAAUCUCACCUUCAAUGUGACUGAGUCCAGUGACAGUGAACAGUACUACUGUGAAGCACAGAAUGAACAUGGCAAGGAGAACUCAACUGUACAACUGGAAGUUUAUUAUCCUCCUAAGAACACUUCAGUGUCAGUCAGCCCCUCUGUUUUUGUGUUGGUGGGCAGCUCUGUGACUCUGACCUGCAGCAGUAAUGCCAACCCAGCAGUGAAAAAAUACACCUGGUAUAAAGUGAAUGGGACAGAGAUGAACACUGUAGGAACUGGACAGAAUCUCACCUUCACUGUGACUGAGUCUAGUGGCAGUGAACAGUACUACUGUGAAGCACAGAAUGAACAUGGCAAGGAGAAUUCAACUGUACAACUGGAAGUUCAUUAUCCUCCUAAGAACACCUCAGUGUCAGUCAGACCCUCUGGUUCUUUGUUAGCGGGCAGCUCUGUGACUCUGACCUGCAGCAGUAAUGCCAACCCAGCAGUGCAGAGAUACAACUGGUAUAAAGGGAAUGGGACAGAGAUAAACACUGUAGGAACUGGACAGAAUCUCACCUUCAAUGUGACUGAGUCCAGUGGCAGUGAACAGUACUACUGUGAAGCACAGAAUGAACAUGGCAAGGAGAACUCAACUGUACAACUGGAAGUUGAUUAUCCUCCUAAGAACACCUCAGUGUCAGUCAGCCCCUCUGAUUUAGUGUUAGAGGGCAGCUCUGUGACUCUGACCUGCAGCAGUAAUGCCAACCCAGCAGUGCAGAACUACACCUGGUAUAAAGUGAAUGGGACAGAGAUAAACACUGUAGGAACUGGACAGAAUCUCACCUUCACUGUGACUGAGUCCAGUGGCAGUGAACAGUACUACUGUGAAGCACAGAAUGAACAUGGCAAGGAGAACUCAACUGUACAACUGGAAGUUUAUUAUCCUCCUAAGAACACCUCAGUGUUAGUCAGCCCCUCUAGUUCAGUGUUAGAGGGCAGCUCUAUGACUCUGACCUGCAGCAGUAAUGCCAAACCAGAAGUGCAGAACUACACCUGGUAUAAAGUGAAUGGGACAGAGAUGAACGCUGUAGGAACUGGACAGAAUCUCACCUUCACUGUGACUGAGUCCAGUGGCAGUGAACAGUACUACUGUGAAGCACAGAAUGAACAUGGCAAGGAGAACUCAACAACUGUACAGCUGAAUGUGAUAUACAUGCCUCAGAUCUCUGGCUCUGGGAGCUGCAGCAGAACUGCAGCAGAGAUCAGCUGCUCCUGUGAGAGCCGUGGGAAUCCCUCUCCCAGCAUGGAGUGGCGUGUGUCUGGACUGCGGGUCACUAACUCUACUGACAGAGUCAUCAGGGAGGAGCAUCUGGGGAACACAGGCCUGAGGAGCUCCCUCACCAUAGGCCAAUCACAAGCAGACACGCCCACUCUCCUCUGCGUCAGCACCAACACUCUCGGCUCCUCCAUCCUCCAGCUCCACCUCCCGUCUCCGCAGCAACACACAGGUUUCGGCAUUCCUUCACUGCUGAUUGGUGCAGCUGCCGGUGCUGGUGCCAUGAUGAUGAUAUGCCUCAUAAUGCAGCACAUUCUAAAGAAGAAGAGACACAGCCAGUGUUCUGGAAGUAGAAUGAAGGACAGCGAAGGGCUCAUACUGACAGAUGGGGCGGCCGCUCAAGAUGAGGAAUCGAUCUACGUCAACAAGACCAUGCUGUCGGGCGCGGGUGCGGUGGAAAAGGGGGACGGGGGCGCCCUGCACUAUGCCACCGUGGAUUUCUCCAAUCUUCCCGGCACGGGUGGGGAACACGGAACGGGCAUCGUCCGGGGCACUUCCAAACGGACGUCCGACUACGCCAUGAUCCAACACAAAUCCAGGGAAGAGAGAGAAGGAGGAGAGGAAGAAGGUGAGGAGGUGCAGGAGGAGAUGAGGAAGGAGGGCCAAGAUGAGCUGGGCACAGAGAGGGAGUCAGCCGAGGCGAGGAGCGAGAAGGAGGAGGAGUCUGGGCCGAAUCUGAGCCCACAGGCCUCCGUCAACCCUGAGCCCACGGAGGAGGCCACCUACGGGAACAUCUGCCCCUCCAGGCCCACUAAGAGGGCACGGCAGGGCCUGCAGCAGCCGCCCGGGAACCCUGCUGCAGAGGAGGAGCAGGAGGAGCAGCGCCAGGAGGAGAACUCAGCAGGAGGCCAGGAGGACAUUUACGUGGACGUCAUGAGCCCCCUGACGGAGGGUAACGGAAAGGGAACGGAGGAGAGUGAGUACGCCGAGGUCAGGAAUCUCCAACAGCAUUAAGAUGCCACAGAUAUAGCCCAAAUCACACCACGCUACAGGCAUUAUGAGAGCGUACAGCAUGCUACAUAACGCGUUAUGCUACAUUAUGAUACAUUACAAAACGGUCCCAAACUGAAGCACAGUAUCUGUCUCAUACAAUCUGGUGCAGUAGUGACGAGCCACAAACAGGGUGAAAAAGUCAAAUCUGCAAAGUGCGAAAAGGUCGAUAAAUAUGGUCAGAAAAACACUGAAACAAUUCUAACACACACAUUAUUUGAAUUUGGUGAACUCAGCCUGACAUGGCAUUAAUGACAAAGUAAGUACCUUUAGUCCUGGAUGCUGUUAAAAUGUUACUUGAAAACAUUUUGAAUCCCCUCUGAAUCUAAAAAUUGUACUUUGAAUCUGUCGUGUCUGAUUUAGUUUAAAACGUCUGUAUGAUAUCCAUAUGUAAAUAUCCAUAGCUAAGCCUAUCCUUUAAUAUUCUUCUUUACACUUCUUCUUUGCAAGUCCUUGAGUGUUCUAUAUCUAUUUCUCAUGUAUUGCAAUGAGACGGUUAUUUUGUUUAUUGUCUUGAAUUAAAAGUAAUAAAAGGUUUUCCCAGGUU